GGCCGUCAAGCUUCACCGUUUAAGUUGAACCUUCCCUCCUUCUAUUCUAACCUCCUUGUUCGAUACCGAUUUGGUACUUUUAGACGAUGAUGCAAAAACUUAUAAAAAUUACAUCUCUAACUACAUAUUUCUGAAUGGCGACUUCAUUUAUACCUGAAGAACAUCAGCAUGUGAGAUAUAGUCCAUUAAGUGAUAAAUGGAUUAUUGUUUCACCUUUGAGAGCUAGAAGGCCAUGGAAAGGGCAGUUAGAAAAAGUACCAGAGAAAGAGGUUCCACCUCAUGAUUUGAAUAACCCGCUUUGUCCUGGAGCUACAAGAGCUCAUGGAGAAGUUAAUCCAUGGUAUAGGAGUACAUUUGUUUUCCCAAAUGAUUUUCCAGCUUUAGUGGAGGAUCUGCCAGAAUCAGGCAAGCCUCUUCAUCCUUUAUUUAGAGCUGAAUCUGUAAAAGGGACUUGCCGUGUUAUGUGUUUUCAUCCAAAAUCAAACAUAACUCUCCCUUUGAUGUCCUUGGAUGAAAUUCUCGAAAUUAUAAAUGUGUGGGUGAAGGAAAUGUUAAAUCUUGGGGCCAAAUACAAGUGGGUUCAGGUAUGUGUUUUUAAUAAUGAGAUAAAACUCUGA